AUGGAUGAGGGGAACGCUCGAUUUCAAGCCGUACUCUUGAAGGCCAAAUCUAAGAGAGCCAAGUACAAGGCAGACUGUAACAAGGCUCAGACCACGGUUCGCCACCUGCAUGCUGCUCUUGCCGCUGUAUCAGUGGAGCGCGAUCAAGUUUGGGAUGAUCUGGCUGAGUUGGAAGAUGAAUAUGACCGAUCGCGCUCCUUGCUCUCCGAUCGUGACGAUCGAAUGAAUCUGCUUCAAGCUACUAUCUCUGGUUUGGAGCUAGAUCGCGAUCAGGCGUUGCGCGAUUGCGACGUUCUUCGAACGAGCAUUGCCGCGCUCGUUACCGGCCCCACUUUACCUUCCUAG